ACUUUAUUUUGUUGCAAUAAAUUAUAAUUCAACAUAACCUAAUCUUUUUGUUGUUAAUUGAUAAAACACACGUGUAUUGUGUUAUAGAACUAAGCUCAACAGUUGUUAUUGUUUAUUAUUAACAAUGAAAGAAGAAGUAAUGGAACAAGUUUCAACUGAAAAUGAAGAAAAAAAUGAGAUGAAAAAUCUGGAUUCAUCAAAAAAGCGUUCAUUAGAUUUGAAUGAUGUUGAAUCAAAUAAAAAAGUAAAAAUUGAACAUAACGAAGAGCCAACUUUACCAGAAAUUAAUAAAGAUAUUAAACAAGAAAAAUUGACAAAUGAUGAUGACGAAAAAAAAGCGACAUUAAAUGUAAAUAAUGAACAACCAGAAGUUGAAAAUAUUAAAAAAGAAAUGACAACAAAUGAUGACGAAGAAAAUGUAUUAACAAUAAAAGACGAUGAAAAUCCAUAUGCAUAUUUAGAUCGUGAUGAUUUUACAUCUGAAAAAUAUAAAAUUGAAGUUAGAGGAUUACCAAAAUACUAUGGUGUUAAAGAUCUUAAAAAAUUGAUAAAUGAAAAAUUAGGUCUUAUAUCUGGUAAAGUUAAACCAGCAAAACGUGGAAGUGCAUGGGCAUAUGUUUGUUUUCGUAGUCAAGAGACACAAGAUCAAGCAAUUGAAGUAAUCAAUGGAUAUACAUGGAAAAAUAAAAAAUUAACUGCCAAGAAAGCUAAGCCUGCACCAGAUCCAUUCAUAAAACGUAAAUUAGAACUGAUUGAUGAUGAAUCCAACAACAAAAUUGAAAAUGACAAAAUCACAACAAUGUCACCAGAAGAGCAAAUAAAAUCAAGUACAAUUCCACUUUGGAAUCUUUCCUAUGCUGAACAACUUGAACAAAAACAAAAAGAAAUUAGAAAAGUACUUUAUAAUAUGAGUGAAAAAAUAUUUAAAAGUAAUGAAUCACUCAGAGAAUUGUUGACAGAAAAAAAGAAAAAUAAUGAUGGUUUAAUUUGUGAAUUAAUGCCAAUAUUAAGUGCUGAUGUUACAGAUGGUUAUCGUAACAAGUGUGAAUUUACAAUUGGAAAAAGUAAAGAUGGAAGUGAAAUUUUAAUUGGAUUUAGAAUGGCAGCAUAUGCUACUGGUUCAGUGGCUGUUGGACCUAUUGAUCAUCUUUGUCAUAUACCUGAGAGUAUGAAGAAAGCAGUCAAGGUUUGUCAAGAAUUUGUUAGAAAUUCUAAUUUAGCACCUUUUAAUCCAGUCAAUCAUUCUGGCUACUGGACACAAGUUACAGUACGAACAACUCGUAAUAAUCAUUUGAUGCUUGUGAUUGCAAUAAAUCCUCAAGACAUGACAGUCGAAGAGUUGAACAAAUUGAAGAAAGAAAUUUGUGAAUUUUUUGAUAAUGAUGCUGGAAAAGAAGCCAAUGUGACAUCACUUUAUUUUCAAACGAUAAAUAAAAAGGAUAUUGGUGGUGAGGGUGGUGGAUCAAUUGAUCAUCUAAGUGGUUCAGAAUAUAUUGAGGAGACUCUUCUUGGUAUGACAUUCCGUGUAUCACCACUAGCAUUUUUUCAAGUUAAUACUGAAGGUGCUGAGUUACUGUACAAAGCAGCAAUUGACAUGGCAAAACCUGAUGACAAUACAACUGUAUUAGAUGUUUGUUGUGGUACUGGAACAAUUGGAUUAUCUUUUUCAAAGUAUUGUGGUGAAGUAUUGGGCUUGGAAAUGAUUGGAGAUGCAAUAAAAGAUGCUCGUGAAAAUGUUAAAAAAAAUAACAUUGAAAAUUGUGAAUUUUUCGUUGGUAAAGCUGAAAGUAUUUUAAAAGCAGUUAUUAAUCGUGCAAGUAAGCCAAAUGUUGUUGCUGUUGUUGAUCCUCCAAGAGCUGGUUUACAUCAACAAGCACUUUUGGCACUUCGUAGAACAAGUAAAUUGAAAAGAGUUGUAUAUAUAUCUUGUGAUCCAAAAGCAGCAGUUCAAAAUCUACUUGAUUUAGCUAAACCUAGUUCGAAACUUUAUACUGGCGAACCUUUGAUUCCUGUUAAAGCAAUUCCAGUUGACAUGUUUCCUCACACUAAACACUGUGAACUUGUUAUACUUCUUGAACGUGUAUCAAAAACGAAGGACACAUUAGAAGAAACACUAACAGAAUAAUUUAUAAAAUUACAUUUAACACAGGGUAUGUGUGUUAUGUUAAUAUUCAAUUGAUAAAUUAAUGCAUCUGAUAUUAAAAUUGACUUUGAGUAGAUUCAAGUAAUUACUCAAUUAAGUUACAAUCUCUUUAUAUUUGUUUUUUUUUUUCAAAUUGUCUUUGCCUGUUCCACAUUGUUUUAAAAAUAUUUUUUCAUUUAACGAUUGAUAAUGAUUCUGUUAAUUCAAACUCAUGUUAUUUCUAGUGUUUGAUUUUUCAACAAGCCAAUAUUUAAUUGAUUU